GGCCAGGCGCCCGCCUGAGCCGCAUGUGGCUCGGGUCGAGCCUCAGUGCGUGGAGUUCAUUGAUCUGGUUCGAUCACCACAAUGCCCCGGCCUUUACGCCGCAGCCCUAGAGUUUUCUAGACCGGCGUCGCACCCUCCCCCUCCCCGGUCCCCGAUAACACCCCUUUCCCUCCUUCUCCGCUGCAGCCGCCGCCUCCUCCACCACACCGCCACCCGAACUCCGACUUCCUCCCCCCUCUUCCUCCGGCCGCCAGUGUCUGCCCCUUCCACCUCGUCCUCGGAAUUUGUUUGCUUGGGUUCUUUUUCAGUUGAUUUGAACACUCAGCACCAUUUCUUUUACUCCAAAAGUACAACAAGAACACUACAAGGAAACAACUUAUAUGAGUAUGGACAGGACUGCUAAGAGAAGAGUGGCAUUUAUAUUGAUUGAUGGGAUAGGAGAUGUAUGUCUCCCUCGGUUUAACUACAAGACUCCCCUUCAAGUGGCGAAUAUUCCCAACUUGGAUGCAAUAGCUUCAGCUGGUGUUAAUGGUCUCAUGGACCCUGUUGAAGCAGGUUUGGGUUGUGGGAGUGACACUGCACACCUUUCUAUAUUGGGCUAUGAUCCAAGGAUCUAUUACCAUGGUCGAGGGGCAUUUGAGUCAAUGGGUGCUGGACUGGCCAUGUCACCUGGAGACAUUGCUUUCAAGUCAAAUUUUGCUACUUUGGAUGAGAAAAGUGGAAUUGUGACCAGCAGGCGGGCUGAUCGGCAUUUUGAGGAAGAGGGUCCUAUUCUUUGUGCUGCUUUGGAUAGAAUGAAGCUUCCAUCUUUUCCAGAAUAUGAUGUUAGAGUCAGGUAUGCCACUGAGCACAGAUGCGGGGUUGUUGUGAAAGGGCCAAAGUUAAGUGGCAAUAUUUCUGGAACUGACCCAUUAAAAGACAAUCGCUUACUUCUGAAGGCAGAGGCCUUGGAUGAUACAGAGGAAGCAAAAAACACUGCAGCUGUUGUCAAUGAACUGUCAAUAGAAAUGUCUAAAAUUCUUGUUGCCCACCCUUUGAAUGCAAAACGUGCAGCUGAAGGGAAGAAUAUUGCAAAUAUUGUACUUUUGCGAGGUUGUGGAAUUCGAAUUGAGGUUCCUCAAUUCGAGAAGCAGCAUGGACUAUCACCGUGCAUGGUAGCUCCCACCAAGAUUAUAGCAGGAUUGGGUUUAUCAUUGGGAGUUGACAUUCUUGAAGCACCAGGAGCUACUGGAGAUUAUCGAACACUUCUAACUUCCAAGGCUACAGCAAUAGCAAAGGCACUUUCUGCUCCACUACAGCCAUCCCCAUGCAUUUUUGUGCCAGGAGAGGAUGAACAUAAGCCGGGCCUAUCCCAAGGAUAUGAUUUUGGAUUUCUUCAUGUCAAGGCUAUAGAUGAUGCUGGUCAUGAUAAGGCAAGCAUUUUGAAAGUUAGGGCUUUGGAAGCCGUCGAUCGAGCCAUCGGUCAGCUGACUAGACUCCUCUGGCAGGCAGAAAAAUCUGGCAAGUACAAAUAUUACUUGUGUGUCACUGGUGAUCAUUCCACACCAGUAGAGUAUGGUGAUCAUAGCUUCGAACCUGUUCCAUUUGCUUUGUGCCAGUUAAGGGACUUUGUUAGUGCUGUGGGGGAGUCAAACUUGAUGCAAGUGUCACUCGAGGCUUUCCCACUUCCUUCAGUGAAGUCUGGGGAAGAUCUAACAAAUGAUGACGUAGAAAUGCCAGAGGAAGCAAACAGCAGGCUUAAAGUUUUCAGUGGAGAUUCAGUGUGCCAAUUCAGUGAGAUUGCAGCUGCAAAGGGUUGUUUGGGAAGGUUUCCUGGAAGUGAGAUGAUGGGGGUGAUAAAGAAGUUCCUUAAGCUGAAGAAUGAAUAAAUAGUUCACUGAAAAAAUGCAUUAUUUUGGAGAGCCAGGUCCUCUGAAGUGUGGAUUUAUUAACAACUGAGUAGAUAAUGAAUCUGGUGAAGACCCACAAUGUUUAUUGGACUGCUUGGAAGGAUUGUGCUGUCCUUUAUACACCUAGAAGGUAAGGUUUAAACUACUUUCGAUAUAUGUUUACUGAGGUUGUCAUAACAAGAGCAUUUAUGGAAUUGGCAUGCUCUUUGAAUUUUCUCGUUUUCAGCAGUGUUGCAAAUUUUCUUGUAAUACUGAGACACAAUGUUGCCAUCCAACGUCAAAUAAAUAGUAACCUCUUAUGAUA